GCGUAGCAAAAACCAUUCACUCGCCCAGCUUGUAAACCAGACCGCGAAACAUAAUAGUUACACGAGAAACAUAUAUAUGUUUCUGCGUAUACUUUCUUAUUUUCUAGCAUUUUAUUCUUGAUAUUACUCUUUUAUUCCGACUAGGAGUAUAAUUUGAACUUCAACUGACAGGCGGUUGAUUUUGAUGCUUUGAUUCGAUAUUUUGCUGAAAAGGAUAUAUAAGAACAGAUUUAACGAAGCUUGUUUGUGGGACGUGUACUCGUGUUGACCCGACCUUCAUCGCCGAGCCCCCGCCUGCGAACACCUCAAAUACCACCACUCUGCAACGCGGCGUGGAGCGCAUUUCUGUCGGGACGUCCUACUAGUAUUACAAAUUACUAUGGCAACGACAUAGAACUUGGAGUCUUGACGAUUUAUAAGGGAAACGCUUUGUGACGUUGGAGUUAAAUAAUUCUUCGUUCUGUACUCAAAAUCUUGUGAAAACAGACAAUUUUAGCCAAGAUGCCUGCUUCGAGAAGUAUAGGAACUGCUGGCAGCAUCGACACGGAUAUUCUCAACAUCGAAUUUCCAAAGUUUACAUGUAUUUGUGAGAUAUGCGACUGUGGACGACACAAGCAUCACCAUAACUGCAAGAGGAAACGUCGACCAGCCGGUGCCGACCGCCCAUGUGACCUUAGCCACUAUCAGCAGACCUUCACCGCUUAUCCCAAUGCUCAAAGGCAGCUGCCCCUCAUCCCUCCCGCAACGCCCCGGGAUCCCAACCCACCAAGAAUGGUGUUCGACACCACACAGCGACACGACUUCAUACCGACAGGAGAGAUUACGAAGCCUCAGAAAGUAAAACCGAUUGAAAAUUACCAGCCGACCAAAGCGCCUCUUGACGGUGAAACGGUUUACAAGGUCACGUACCCCGGUCAUACACAGUUUCCUCAGAUCAGCCAGGCUCGACCACCGAGCCAUAAAGACUAUCGGGAAAGAUCGGCAAAGUUCGACCAACGAACAACGAACAAGGAAGAAUACCGAGCAUGGGUAGCAAAGCCUUCGGUGGCGUUCGGGGAACUCCCGUCAUUUGCAGGUUCCAUCUUGUAUCCGGGCGAUAAGCAAGAACUGCAGUCGAUGACGCAACAAGACUUCGUAGAGCGACCGAUUAAUAAAUCCGAAAUGAUUCGGUCUGGAGUUGGAAGCAAUAUCCAAGUGAGAGAAGGCAAGUUUGACCAUAACACAAUCCACAAGAUGACGUACAAGGAUAUGGGCCCCGGUCACACAGCAAAGAACGCUCGUCCUAGCAACCAGUACCCCUCGGCGGCACGGAGAGCAAAGUUCGACGGAGUGACACAGUCUAGGAAAGAUUUUCCCGGCUAUCAGAGCCAACCGUUACCGCAGAAGCCUUGCACACCGCCUCCAGUGACAAUCAGGCUCAGCAUGGACUCGAAAAUUGAUUUCGUGACGGAGAAUACGCAUGAGUUCCAAGGUCAUGACGUCCUUUCGAACCCUAAACGUGCCACAAUGAAGAAAGACUCGGACACUUACAAUCCACCCACCAUCAAGUUUGCGACAGACUCCAGUAAUAAGGUGGAUUAUCGUCCGAUCGAAGACAAGUCCGCGUAUCUCCAACCCAACCGUCGACCGCACACCCAAGGCGGCGCCCGCUCAGCCAAGUUCUACGACCAGACAACGAACAAUCGCUUCUUCCGCAACUGGGGCGCCAAGCCUCGCAUUCGCUACGGCGACUUCCACGAAGCGAAGAUCUACAUCAAACCCCGCGGAAAGAUGGAAGUGGAAAGUUGGAACAGUUCAACCUACAAGUCCCUCCCACUUGAUGAACCCACGCCGAACUACAAACCUCAUGACGAGCCGGUGGAGCGAUCAGGAGAGCAGGACUUUACCACAAUACACAAAUCAACGUACAAAGGACAGCGUCCGAAGAUGUGUAAGUCACAACUGUAUCUGCUUCAGCAGGAGAUGAGGAGACGGAAGGCUUUGAGGGACAGGCAGAUGAAGGAAGGAGCGGCAGGAAACAUUGGCUUACAAGCUGUUGGAAGGACUGCUCUAUCUGGUACUGUCUGAAAACCACAUUACAGUAAAUGAUAUUCUCUGACGGUCAAGCUAGGACUCAACUCAUCGGACGUCGAGUAGGAUAAUGAUGAUAACAAGCCAAGUGAAAGACACACCAACACUGAAAUGAACAUUGAAGACGCCACAUGGACAACCAUUACAGUGAUGACGUUCGAUUCGGCCAGACAAUUCACAGGCAUACAAGAGGUGUAGUGUCUCCCCUGUUUGAAUAUCCGAUGAACGAAGGAUUCACGCCAUUGUACCUUGAUAGUUCCUAGGUUCAUGGAAUGGGUGUGAACGCUGCUUCUGUUCAGUUGAAACAAAAAAAAAUCGUAUAUUAUGCGUCGGUCGAUCUUUGAUAAGUACUUGACUAGACGAGAAAAUGAGAUAAUAAAUAUGAUUAUUAAAACCAUGCAAGCUUCCAAGCAGCAAUAUAAUUUUAUAAUAAUGUUUUGUAAGAAAAAUAUAAACCGUCCAACUUGAGGUUGGUUUCUAGAAACACUCUUAAUUGUUGUGGAUUAAAAUAGAUUUUUUUACACAACUGUGAGGUUCGAUUUUAUAUCAUUCAUGCAUUCUCCAAACUUUAAGUUCGCUGCUGCAGUUAAAGACGUUACUGACCCUGUGGAAGUGUUUGACAUGAUCGGAACACAUUAUUUUUGUAUUCAUGCAUUACGUUUUUGUCAAUUAAGGCACAUUAGACGAUUAGCCAAAGGGUCGCGUUUGUAAGUUGUUCGAUGCACUCUUCGGGGCACUCUUCAACCAAAUCCGUCCAGCACCCGAGCUAUUAUAAACAUCAUCCGUUUUCCAAUUUGAAAAAGAAAUCUGUCCAUUAUUGUCGUGUUUUUACAAAAUAUAUAUUUCAGAUUUUAAUUUUCUGUGGUGAAAUUGGUGUUGAUAGCGAUUCUAAUGGUAUAGCAUUUAAGCACAAAACAUGUAUCUACUUAUUGUUUAAAGAGCUCAGUAUUUUCCCAUACGCUAUGACCAUAAGUAUCACUUUCGUCACCGGUUUAAGGCUUGUUCAGGUACGGCGCGGCAAUACAACGGCUCUUUUUGCGGUGGUGUACCGCUGCAUAACAGGGAUUUUUAGAUUCUGCACGACGAGAACGUAGACUACCCUUUUAAGGCAAUGUGACGUCCUUUUAAGGCACUGGCAGUGACGUCAGAUUGCCUUUAAAAGGGCAGUCCACCUCCUCGUCGUGCAAAAUCUAAAAGUCCUUAAUAUCUGAACAAGCCUCUAUGUUCUCAUUUCUUAGAUACGCAAACUUGUAGAUAGUUAAGGAUGACAGGGUAUGAUCGCACGUGGUUUAUUCUUAACGAAGUUUCUUUGUUAAAAUGAAGAAGAGUCUUUUCGCAUUUUGUUUUCUAGGUUUCUCUGUUUUCAACUUUUUGAUUUCUAUGCAGUUGAAUCUCCCGCGUAAUUUAUUGCACCGAUUUUCAUACGGUAUAUUCCAUUUCCAUGCAUCUAUUUAAAGGAUUUCGAUAAACUUAUCAAAUUUUCUAUUUGAUGAACUUGACAAAUACCUGAAUCUCUUUUGAUCAGGUAGAAAAAUAUUUACACGUCUUUGCUAUUGAUUCAUUUUCUUUCUUUCGGCGAGACAAUUCUAUUGCUAAAGUCUUGAAAGCUUGUGUGGGUUUAUGAAUUUGAUUUUCUUAAUUGCAAAAGAUUGUGUUGACAUAGGUGUAUGAGCUAUGCUGAUCCAGUAUUUUUUCGGCACAAUUUUGACCUUUUUCCACCUUCUUUCUUUCUGCUUUUUUGAUGGCUUAUAUCUAUUUUUAGAUUGAAAUAUAUGUAAAUACUUGAUCUUGUAUCAUCUCAAUAUUGUAAUUUCAUCUCAUUGAAUUAUUAUUUUGAAAAAUAUUAUAUCUUAUCUGUUCUCUUUGUUGUUGAGUGUGCGAAAAAAGAAGAGCCAAUAAACUUGAUUGCACUUAAUUAUUACAUA